AUGGCAUCAGCUACCGCACCCAGUCCGGACACUCUGGUGACUUUGAAGGUCAAUCUUGACGGCGCCAACCGUCGAUUCAAGCUCCCUCUUCGUGAUCUUGGGGCCUUCUCCCUCCCCGACAAGCUUCGGUUCCUCCUCUCCAUCCCAGCUACCUCCGAAGUCGUCUUCGAGCGGUAUUCCGAUAGUGCUGCAUCCUUCGUCGUCCUCGACCCAAACAAUGCUUCCGUCUAUAAGCAACUCUAUCGUGCUGCGAAGGCGAAGCUGAAGCUCCGCAUCAGAGUGACCGUUAAGGAUAAGGAGCAUGAGCAUGUCGUCCCCAAGCCAGCUACUGUCGAGGACGAGGAGCCCAUCCCAGUCAGCCCCGUCAGCCCUGUCGAUGUUCUGGCAUCCUUCCAAGACGCCGUCGAGCCCACGCCCGAACCCGCUCCACAGCAACCAGCAACAUCUGCUGUGAACUACUCCCAGCAGGCUGGAUCUGUCGCCGAUAUCCAACGUGGUUUGGAGGAACUCCUCAUCAACAAGCCCAGUGUCAGCGCCGACCAAGCUCAGUCUAUCACUGAAUGUUUCCAGAGAGAUCUGGACGAGUUGCUUGGAAAGCAAUCUAAUUUCAGCACCAAGUGUGCUGCUAGCUCAGCCUCAGCCUCAUCGAAGGCGGCCUGUCCUUACAUCCAACGCCACGGAGACGUCUCACCGAAGGCUCCGACUCCAAACCAUGAGAUCCCCGUGACCCGAGGAACCGCUGCUCGCGAUAAGUGGUUUGCGGAGCUAGCUAGUGUAUCACAGGAGCGUCAGAAUGCUCUCCGCAGCUAUUCCAACGGCUAUAUCAAUGCGCCGUCCCCCACUGUCAGCGUCUUCUCGGUGUAUUGCAAUCACUGCGGUGGUGCCAUUCCAGAUGAGCACUAUCACUGCAGCACCUGCGAUGACGGCGACUUUGACCUGUGUCAGGGCUGUGUUGAUAAUGGUGUGUUAUGUGGCGGCGAGGAGCACUGGAUGAUUAAGCGUUUCGUGAAGAAUGGAAAGGUCAUUAACAGCACGACCCAAACCAUUGCACCAAAGCCAAAGGCUCUCUUCUCCGACUCCAAGGCCACUACCCUCGUGGCUCCGGAAGAGGCUAAGAUCGUUACAGCUACUCGCACCUGUAACUCAUGUAUCGAAGAACUCUCCGAGGAGAACUUCGUUACUUGCACUACCUGCGAUGAUUUUGAUCUCUGCCUCUCCUGCCAUGUCAAGCUGGAUCAUGGCCAUCACCCGAAGCACGCAUUCACCCCCGCAGUUGAGGAAGCUCAGCUCGGCCUGAUGUGCCAGACACUGCUUGCUCCAGGUCGCAACGUCGGCCACAAUGCAGUUUGUGAUGGGUGUGACAAGUACAUCUACGGUGUUCGCCACAAGUGCCUCGACUGCCCUGACUGGGACUUCUGCUCCACCUGCUUGCCAAAUGCCACCUUCAUCCAUCCCAGUCACAGAUUUGUGCCCAUCUAUGAGCCCCUCAGUGACCACAAUACCACGUCACGAAUUUAUGGCUACAAGGCCCGCCAUCACGGCAUUUAUUGCGAUGGGCCUCUUUGCAAUUCCGGCAAUGGCGUUCAUUCUUACAUUCGGGGUGACCGCUACAAGUGCGCUGUCUGCCAUGACACCGACUUCUGUGCUAACUGCGAGGCCAACCCAUCCAACCCUCACAAUAAGACUCAUCCUCUCAUCAAAUUCAAGACUCCUGUUCGCAAUGUGAGCGUCACUACUAUGGGAGAUCAUGAGGAUGGCAAGCCACUGCCGGUUAUGGGAGAUCGUCGCCUCCGCACGACAUCCAAGGCUACCGAGACUACACCAACCACAUCAACUAAUGCUGCGACUCAAGUCCAGACUGUUGCUGAUCUCAAGCCAGUUGAGCCAGUCAAGGCUGAGGAAGCUCAUGAGGUUGAGGCAGAACCCCAGACUGAGAAGGUCAAGGAGCUGCCUACAAAGCGUGGCGAUGAAGACUUGGUUGCUUACUUUGUCCGUGAUGUGAUUGCUGAUGGCACCAUCCUCCCACCCAACUGUGUCUUCGAGCAAACUUGGUAUCUCCGCAAUGGUGGCACCACUUCUUGGCCAGCUGGGUGCUGCGUGAAGUUUGUUGGCGGAGACAAUAUGUGUGCAGUUGAUCCUGAACAUCCAGCGAGUGUCCAUGAGCUUGUUUCCGCUGCUGAGAGUACUACGUGCUACACUGAAGUUGCUCCUGGACAGGAGGUUAGCUUCACCGUCUUGAUGAGAACCCCAGAUCGUGAUGGUAACUUCAUCUCCUACUGGCGCCUCACCGGCCCGGAUGGUUAUAAAUUCGGUCACAGAUUGUGGUGUGAUGUCAACGUGAAGGUGCCAGUCAUCAAGAAGGAGGAUCUCAAGAAGGAAGACGUCAUUGAGCCUGAAGUUGAGAAACCUGAGGGCAGCCAAAUGAUAUUCCCAAAGCUUGAGAAGGAGUCUCCAGCCACCAGCAUCCACCAAGAGGCCCCGGCUGCUGCUUCAGCUGCCCGAGAAGUCAUUGAUGAGUUUGAGGAUUUCGUCGAAGAGUCGCUCUCAGAUGAGACAGACGAUGGUUUCUUGACCGAUGAGGAAUACGAUAUCCUCGAUGCCAGCGACGAGGAAUACCUCGCUGAGCAGGGAAAGGCCGUCAAGAAAUAG